UUGAACACGCUCGCUGCGCUUGCAGAUGACAAGCGAAAAUAUCAAUCUCGUUUUAAAGUGAUAAGUCGUUCCUAUAAAAGCAUUUAAAAAUGGGUUGUCCAAUGGCUUUUGGAGAACUUAAUAUUCCAUCUUCCCGUGCCUUUUGGGAUGACUGCGAUGAAGACGAACCAGUACCAAAGGAUACUGAAAGAAAGAAACUCGAAUUACUGUAUGAACCAAAUGAAGCAACAACACCUUUGGUCAGUAAGAUAUUUUUGGUAAUUGAGGGCAAGGAGGUGUCAGACUUUGUGGAAGCAUCAUUACUAGAACGAGCACGUAAAAUAUGUAAAUUUCCAUCACCAAAGUCAUCUUUGCAUUAUGUGCAGGACAAGGAACUAUUGAUCGCGCUAUUGCAGGAGGAUCUUACAAACAGCGGUGAAUUGACGGAGUUAUUACUACCGUAUGCGAAAGAGGCUGAAAAAGUUAUUACAUUAACUGUAAAAUCUAAAAUAGAAUACCAGAGCGAAAAUUUAAGAAACGUUCGUGACGAAAUUACUUUUCUAAGAGGAAUAAAUUCCAAACUGCCACAAGUGGAAGAGCUGGAACCACCUAAUUUCAUAGUAGGUGUAGCAGCUGGAAUUGCUUGUUGGAGACAUAACGAGAAUUUACCUGCGUCUGCCUAUGUUGCCUAUACUGACAAUAUCUCACUGGAUACCUUGGCGGCAAAGCCCAUAAUAAAAUUGUUACAAGAACUAGGAAUAAGUUGUAAGGACAGCUACAAACCUAUUUAUAGAGAAGCAUCACACCUGUAUAUGUAAAGUUGUGUUCAUUUGCUAAUGGGUUUAAAUCAUUAUAUUUUUAUAUAUACAAAAGUUAAAUAAUUGGUGAGAAGAAAUAUGAACAAUUUGGGUAUUGUUGAAAAGAAAAAUA